GACUCAACCCGAUUCGACUCGCAAUCCCCCACGCAAAAUGGCUGGACAACCGCAACGCAUCGCUAUCCUUCUGUCCCUGCUGGCACUGGCCGCCGGUAAACCGUCGCGCCGCAUCGUCGGCGGAGAGGAGGCCGAACCCCACGAGUUCCCGUACCAGAUCUCGCUGCAGUGGAACUUCAACAUCAAGGGUCUGCGGCAGCCACCGAUGCACUUCUGCGGUGGUUCGCUGAUUGCCGAGCGGUUCGUCCUCACGGCCGGACAUUGCGUGCCCACCUACUCUCCCGACGGAUUCGUGGAGGCUGUGGCCGGCGAGCAUGAUUUCACGCAGUACGACGGAGCGGUACAACGACGCCGUGUGGUCGAGCAGUUCAUCCACGAGGACUACGCGGGCGGCGUCGGUCCCAACGACAUUGCCGUGUUCCGUGUGGAUCGUCCAUUCGUCCUGAACCGAAACGUGCAGCUCAUCAGCCUGCCAGUGGCUGGCGCGAUUCCGACCGGUAUGUGCACCAUCAGUGGCUGGGGAUCAACUUCCUUCACGGCGACUCCCAUCUAUCCAGACAUCCUCAUGAAAACAUCCAUUCCCGUCAUGGAUCUCGACAAGUGCCGCAGCAUCUACUACGAUGAGAUUGUCGCGGACAGCAACAUCUGCGCCGGCACGAUCGAGGGAUCCUCGAGCGUCUGCUCGGGAGACUCCGGUGGCCCACUCGUACAGACCACCGACGACGGCUCCUACGUCCAGGUCGGUACCGUCUCGUGGGGUGGCAUUCCGUGCGGUGGUUGGAAAAAGCCGGGCGUUUUCGUUCGCGUUUCACACUUUAUUGAUUGGAUCAACGACAAGCUAAACAACUAAAUUUACAGUAUUCGGAUUACAAAACGACGAACAAACAAACGAUGGGCGCGAAUAAAUGAUUCCAAACGAUGAAGAUUACAAUUGUCCGCGAUAGCGUCACGCGUU